AUGGCAUCGAUGAAGUUUGAUCUACUGCUGCUGGAUUACAAGAUGAGAUUUGCACUGUGGCAAGUCAAGAUGCGGGCGAUUCUGGCACAAUCUUCGGAUCUUGAUGAGGCGCUGGACGGUUUUGGAGGAAAAGGGCAGAAGUCAUGGACCGCUGAAGAGAAGCGGAAGGAUCGUAAGGCUCUGUCUCUGAUUCAACUUCAUCUACAUAAUGAUAUUUUGCAAGAAGUGCUGCAGGAGAAAAUUGCCGCAGAACUUUGGCUCAAGCUGGAAUCGAUCUGCAUGUCCAAGGAUCUAACCAAUACCAUACUAUUAAGCCAUGAUGAACUAACCCUUGCGGAAGUAUAUGAGGCCCUCCAGACGAGGGAGAAGAUGAAAGGUAUGGUUCAGUCUGAUGUGUUGUCCUCUAAGGGCAAAGUGUUGCAGGUUAGAGGCAGGCCCGAGCAGAAAACCUACAAUAACAACAAUAAUCGAGACAAGAGCAAGAACGGUAAAGGACGUUCGAAGUCCAGAGGCAGGGAUAAGUUCUGUAGGUAUUGUAAGAAAGAUACUCAUGUCAUUGAGGAUUGUUGGAAGCUGCAGAAUAAGGAGAAAAGAAACGGAGAUGUUCUGGUUGUUUUUGUUGGUUGUGUUGCUGGUCGUGAUAAAUGGAUACUUGAUUCUACAUGCUCGUUUCAUAUAUGCUCUAACAGAGAUUGGUUCAGUUCUUAUAAGUCUAUGCAGAGUGGAGAUGUCAUGCGUAUGGAAGAUAACAACCCACGUGAGAUCGUGGGCAUUGGCUCCGUUCAGAUCAAGAUGCAUGAUGGCAUGAUAUGCACACUGAAAGAUGUGAGACACAUACCAGGGAUGACCAGAAAUCUCAUCUCCCUCAGCACACUUGAUGCCGAGGGGUACAGACACUCCAGUUCAAGUGGAGUGUGUAAGGUAUCAAAAGGCUCUCUCAUUCAUAUGAUAGGUGAUAUGAAUUCUGCAAAGUUAUAUGUUCUUAGAGGAAGUACUUUACAUGGUUCUGUCACUGUUGCUACUGUUUCUAAUGAUGAACCAAGUAAAACUAAUCUCUGGCAUAUGCGUCUUGGGCAUAUGAGUGAACUUGGUAUGGCAGAAUUGAUCAAGAGAGACCUACUCGAUGGCUGCACUGUGGGUAAGAUAAAGUUCUGUGAGCACUGUGUUUUUGGUAAGCACAAGAGGGUAAAAUUCAAUGCAUCUGUUCAUACCACCAAAGGUACACUUGAUUAUGUACAUGCUAAUUUGUGGGGGCCGUCUCGUAAGCCCUCUUAUGGUGGUGCUCGUUACAUGAUUACCAUUAUUGAUGAUUACUCUAGAAAAGUGUGGCCUUACUUUCUGAAAAAUAAAGAUGAUACUUUUGCUGCUUUUAAAGAGUGGAAAGUUAUGAUAGAAAGGCAAACUGAAAAGAAGCUAGAACCUAGAGCCAUUAAGCGUCUGUUUCUUGGUUAUGGUUCUGGAGUUAAAGGAUAUAAGUUAUGGAAUCCUAAAACUAAAAAGACUUUCAUGAGCAGGAACGUUGUUUUCAAUGAAUCUGUUGUGUUUAAUGACAGUUUGUCCACAGAUGUUUCACCAUUUGGUUCUAAUGAGGAGCAGGAACAUGUUAGCAUGCAGGUGGAGCACGUAGAUGAUCAGGAAACUGAAAUUGUUGAUAACAAUGUUCAUGAUAUUGUUCAGCACUCACCUCCUAUUUUGCAGCCUCAAAAUCAAUUUAUUGUAGAUCGUAGAACAAAGAGGAGUUGUGGACCUCGUCCACGUUUAAUUGAGGAAUGUGAUAUUAUGCAUUAUGCCUUUAGUUGUGCUGAACAGGUUGAGAACAUUCAUGAGCUGGCUACAUACACUAAAGCUGUUGUUUUUGCUGACCGCGAGAAGUGGAUUUCCGCUAUGCAAGAAGAGAUGCAAUCACUUGAGAAAAAUGGCACAUGGGAUGUUGUGCGCUUGCCUAAACACAAGAAGUGUGUUAGUACUCCUAUUGCUCCUCAUUUCAAAUUAUCAGCUUUACAAUGUGCUAGUACGGAUGAGGAUUUUGAGUACAUGUCAAGAGUUCCAUAUUCUAGUGCUGUUGGUUCUUUGAUGUAUGCCAUGGUUUGCUCUCGUCCUGAUUUAUCAUAUGCUAUGAGUUUGAUUAGUAGAUACAUGGCUGAUCCUGGUAAAGAACAUUGGAAGGUUGUUCAGUGGAUUUUCAGGUACCUUCGUGGCACAACAAAUGCUUGUUUGAAGUUUGACAGGACUGGUAAGAGACUCACUGGCUACGUGGAUUCAGAUUUUGUUGCUGAUUUGGAUAAGAGGAGAUCUCUCACAGGUUAUGUGUUCACUAUUGGUGGUUGUGCUUCAAAGUGA